CACUCACAUUCUCCUAAACUGACAGCAGCUGAGUCUUCUGUAUCAGUGCCUUUGGCUGGAUUCCUGCGAGUCUCCUUUCGGAAACCACGCGGCAGCGCCUCUCCCCCGAGGACCGCCAGGGGGCGUACCGGUCCUGCGCCACUGCUUUCAGGGCACGUGACCUCCGUCCAGCGUCUCGCUUUACGGCUCGUCGCCUGAGGCGGCGGCGGCGGCGGCGGUUACCAUGGGGACGGGGCUUGGGUAGCAACCGUAACUAGAGAGCCGGUGGAGGAGAAAGUGGCGGCAGCUGGAGGCCAGGAGAGGAAAACUCCACAGAGAAGAAUGUCAGAUGCAGAGGAAAACACAUUGGAAGAAACAGAAGAAGAUGGAGAAAUAGAAGUGGAAGAAGAAGAUGAAGAAGGAGAAUAUGCAAAUUAUAAAGAGCUAGAAAGUGCGCAACAGCAAUCAACAAACAGUAACACGCCAGGAUGGAGGGAAUCUCAGGAGGAGGGGGAGGAGGAGGAAGAUGAGGAUGGGGAGGAAGACGGGGAAGAGGAAAAGAGAGUGGAAGAGAAAGAGGAUGGAGAGGAAGAGGGGGAAGAAGUUGGGGAGGAGGAAGAGGAGGCUACAGGAGCACAGGAAGAAACCACAGUGCAGCCCCAAGAAAUCACCGAGCGCGUGGUCAGUUUGGAGGGACUUGCCCAGGCUGAUUCCCGGUCAAUCUCCUCUUAUUUUUUUAAGAAAACCCAUAGUGGUAGCGCGUCAAAGCAUUCAUUACAAUCAGAGCUUUCGGAAGCAACUGAGCUUUCAAGAGACCUGGUCGCACAAUUAGAAUUUCUCGAUUUGGAUCUAACCACUUCUGGGGAGCAACAGCUUCGUUUCCCUGAAAGGCAGCCCUCGGGCGAGCCUGGGGAGAAAGCCGAACAGGGGCCCCAGGAUGAAUCAGAACAAGAAACGAGAGACUUGGAACCAGAAAGGGAAGCCUUGGAGCCCGAAAAGAGAGAAAAGAGGAAAGAAAAGAGGGUAUCAUACAAACAUGAGACAAACGAGGAAGAAUUUCAGCCCAAAGCAAGGAGCCCCAGUCAGUCCCUGGUGUCCACCACCACUGGGGACAUUUUGUUCCAAAAGGAUGACAGUGCCAACGUGUAUCCCUUGACCAUGACUUGGUCAUUCGGAUGGAAUAGUUCUCUUCCUGUUUACUACAUUCGAGAUGAAAACCAGACAGUUCUUCUGUAUGCUAGUGCUCACAACGCGGUCAUCUACAAUGUCCUCAAGAAUAAUCAGCACCAUCUUCAGGGCCACCCCAACGUGAUCUCCUGCCUCUGCAUCAGCGAAGACAGGCGGUGGGUCGCCACGGCCGACAAAGGGCCCAACUGCCUGAUAAUCAUAUGGGACUCCUUCACCGGUAUUCCUGUGCACACAAUAUUUGACAGCUGCCCAGAAGGGAACGGCAUCCGGGCCAUGGCUAUCACCCGUGAUGCCAAGUAUCUGGCAACCAUCUCCGAUGCUGAAAUCCAGAAUUACCUUACUUUUAAUCCAACAAAUAAUAAAGAAUUGGUGAGCAAUAGUAAAACACAGGCAAUUUAUUAUAUGUGGUAUGAAGAGGGAGAUAUACUUGCUCACAGUGCCCCACUUUUAACGGGAAAGACAUUCAACAAGCUCGUGGGAAAAUUUAGCCAAUCCGUCUUUCAUUUGAAUUUAACCCAAAUACUGUCGGCGACCAUGGAAGGCAAGCUGGUUGUCUGGGACAUUGACCGCCCACCGCCAUCUGCCUCCAGCUCUUUGGGCUUUCCCCACAUCAAACCUUGUAAACUGGUUCAUUUGCAGAAGGAGGGUAUCACGGUGCUUACUACAGUUGAUAGCUAUAUUGUCACAGGCGACAUUGGGGGUAACAUCAAGUUCUAUGAUCGUACCCUGUCCAUUGUUAACUGGUACAGCCACUUCAAACUGAGCUCCAUAAGGACCCUGUCCUUUUCAAAGACCCCGGCCUGUCCUCCCACCGAAAACACAAACUACCCUCCAGACUGCACUUUAAAAGGCAACUCUUUUAUUGUAAGGAAUCUUAUCAUUGGGACAGCGGAUGCGUCAGUGUACCACUUGACGACGGAUGGGACCAAACUCGAGAAGUUAUUUGUAGAGCCCAAGGAUGCCAUUUGUGCCAUCUCCUGCCACCCGUAUCAGCCCCUCAUCGCCAUUGGGAGCUUCUGUGGGAUGAUCAAAGUGUGGGAUUAUGAAAAGAAAAAAUACCUCUUCAGCAGGGUCUUUGAGAAAGGGCUUGGAGUCCAGAGUCUGACCUACAACCCAGAAGGGACUCUUCUUGGAGCUGGCUUCACGGAGGGGACAGUUUACAUUCUUGACGCAAUGUCCUUAGAGAGUGAAAUCCCAGAGCCUUUCAAAUAUUCCAGAAGCAGCGUGACCCACAUCAGCUUCUCCCACGACUCCAAGUACAUGGCAACUGCCGAUGUACUUUUCACCGUGGCUGUUUACGUGCUGAGAGUCAAAAAUGGACGAAGGGUCUGGGAAUAUCUGGCGAGACUUCGUUCUCAUCGCAAGAGCAUUCGAAGUGUCCUGUUCGGGGUUCAUCUGGACAGCAAUGAGCCCAGACUGCUGAGCCUCGGGAGAGACAGACUCUUGAUCGAGUAUAACCUUCCCAAGAGCUACAGAGACCACCUGGAAGUCCUGGACAUCCACCGAACUGACCAGGGCAGCUACCCCACCUGCAUGGUCUGGUACCCGCCACUCACCAAGGAGCUCUUCCUGCUCGUUUGCAACAGUGGCUACAAAGUGAAACUUUUUAAUUCUACCACAAAAAUGUGCAGAAAGACGCUCCUCGGGCCAGUUUACGGCUCUCCCAUCGAGCAGGUACAAAUCCUCCGGGCAAAAACGCCCAUGGAGCUGCAGAAACGCUACCUGGUGUUUACUAACAGAGACAAGGUUGGACUUCAGAUCUUGCCAGUUGAUGGCAAUCCACAUAAGACUUCUGCGCUUAUCUGCCACCCAAGCGGGGUGGCUGGACUGACCCUCUCCUACGAUGGCCGCUAUGCCUUCACAGCAGGAGGCCAGGACCGAUCGGUGGCACAGUGGGAAAUCAACUUAAGUGCCCUGGAGGCAGCGGUUUCUCUUGGGGGUGAAGACCUGACCCCGUUCUAUGGUCUGGUGUCUGGUGGCAGGGAAGGAAAAUUCUACAGGGAGCUGGAAGACUAUUUUUACUACUCUCAGCUCCGUAGUCAAGGUAUUGAUACAAUGGAGACCAGAAAGGUGUCAGAACACAUUUGCCUUUCGGAGCUUCCUUUUGUCAUGAGAGCAAUCGGCUUUUACCCAUCGGAAGAGAAGAUUGAAGAUAUGUUUAACGAAAUCAGAUUUAGUGAGUACGUGGACACUGGGAAGCUAAUUGACAAAAUCAACUUACCGGAUUUCUUCAAAGUUUACCUCAAUCACAGGCCACCCUUUGGUAACACCAUGAGUGGCAUUCAGCAGAGCUUUGACAUUCUUGGUUUUACCAAUUCAAAAGGAAAGAAAGCUAUUCGAAGAGAGGAUUUCCUGAAACUGCUUCUAACCAAAGGGGAGCACAUGACGGAAGAAGAGAUGUCUGACUGCUUUGCCACUCUGUUCGGAUUGAAUCCAGAGGGGUGGAAAUCCGAGCCCGCGGCCUCCUCCGUCAAAGGUUCAGAAAUUUGCUUUGAAGAAGAACUUCCAGACGAAAUCACUGCAGAAAUAUUCACAACUGAAAUUCUUGGCUUAACCAUUUCCUAAGAUUCCAGACAAGAGCCUAUGGUCAGUGAAGCUGGGAGGAGUGUCUGAAGUACAAAAGACUUGUCUGUGUGUGUGUGUGUGUGUUCCCAAGAGGCACUGCUUUUCCCACAUUUCCCUAUUCCUACUCUAAUCUUCAGAGAGUUUAGACAUUAAAAGCAAAUUUCUGUUAAGCAGUGGAAUUCACCAAGUUAGACAUUCCAUUGUUUCUGAAAUAGAAAAGUGGGCAGAGGCAAGAAAAACACUGGCAGCUGGAUCGGCUUGGUGGCUGGAGACCCUGGCCGCCUUCUUAUGCCUAAUGCAAGGCAGUGCUGCCUGGAGGGGGUCUGGACAGGACGCUGAGGUGACAUGGUCCCCAGGGGGCAGAGGGGACCUCCUGCUGUCCGCCUCAUGACAUGUGUGGCCUUAUUCCUGCCCCCUCGAGUGGCACCUGGACCCUUCGCCUAACAUGGCCUGAUACAGAGCUUCCCCACAGCUGGGAGGUUGGGGCGGGGGCGUUGAGUGCUCUGCGCUCCUGAGAGCCCCAGCUUGUGGCUUCUUAUCAGCAAAACACCCAAGCAGUUGUGUGUGGCCGUUAGGAAGAGCAUCACUGGCCAUGCUUAACCCCGGGGGCAACUGCCAGAGAGGAUGCAAAAAAGCGCCCCCGGCACCCUGUGUGCGCUGCACCUGGACCAGAAACCACAGGGCCAGCCUCUCUGGGGCACAACGCGCCAGGCCUGAGCACCUGCCUCUCCCACACGCACACGCACCGCACAAACCACGGCUGCCUCAGAUUCCGCUGGGCUUCAACACCACAGUAGGUAGAAAUGGGCCGGUUCCGGCUCUGGGGAUGUUUCGGGGACGUGAUGUUGCGACCUUGUAAACAGAGAAUCAUCGUCUUGUAAACAGAUGAAAGUUAUGGUCUGAUUUUACGAGUUUUGACAUCUGUUAUGAGGUCUCAUUCUGAUGAAUGUGGCAAAGGUUAUUCUCCACGCACACUCAGUCCAACAUGCCCGCCCACCUGAACCAGCUCUUCCCGAGAAACCAGCAUUGGAGAGAAAUGUUUCUGAUCCCUGGAAAGGUCCUCCCUCCUCGGGAGCUGAGGUCCACGUGAGAAGCAGAACAGCCCCAGGCACAGAGCCCCCCUGCGCGGCGUCCUCCGUGAGUCAGGAGCAACCUGCCCUGGCCGGGCAGUGUCGCCGCGGCCGCGGGACGGACGGUGGGGGAGUUUCCGCAGGCCCCCGCUCAUCAGGUUGUGUUGCCAGGGCUUUGCAACCUGGUUUACAUUUUGUUCUUUUUUAAAAACACGAAAAGAAGAACAAGCUUUAUGAAUCAACUUUGCAGCUGCUAAGGGCUUAGGAGACGCGAUUACCAAGCCAGUUAGAAAGUUCCUGGGGACCUUUUAGGGAAUAGAAAAUUCUCAAAUGACUUGUUCUCUUCAAAAAGUAACUCGGAAUUAGAUGCAGUCUGGACACCAACCAGGGGCUUCUCUCAUUAAGUCCGGCUCUCUCUAUUUGGGUUCUUAUCGACAUUUUUUGGAGUAAUUGUCUGGAGCAGAACCUGCCAGUGACCAGUUGGCCCCGCUGCGGCUGGGCCAGUGCGCAGGAGCCGCUGUUGGGCCCAGGCUGAGCUGCUCCCUCUGUGCUGAGCUGGCUUCCUGCGGCCCUCUAAGUCAGUAUGGGGAGGGGGAGGCCCUGGUUAUGGCCGUUCAUCCAGGAAGGCCCAAAAUAGCAAGGGACAACAGGAUCUGUGUCAACAGCAUCCCCGGCCUGCUCCCAGCCCAGCCUGGCCAGGGGGCCCUUCUCACCCUGCCUGCAGAUGCUCCUCCUGUUGGGGUGUCUCUCGGCUUCUCUGACCAGGGCGGAGAGCGGCCCCUGUGCACCUGUCAGCCCCAGGAGGGCAUCUUCACCUCCCGCUCAGGGCAGGUGCGCCUGCUGGCCACACGAGUGGUGGAGAGGAAGGGCCCCAGCGCCCCGGUCCAGGGGAGGAGGCUGAGGGCGGCCUUCCUGCCAAGUGAGCAGAGAGCUCAGACUCUCCCAGCAGUGUGGGUGGCGGAGCAGCGACACCAGAAAAGGAGGAAGGAGGGACAGAAGACAGUACCCAUUGGGCUUGUACAUCAAGAUGCAGGGACACAACACUGACCACCAAAAAGCACAGAGUGAUGUUCUUUUGAAAAAAAGAGUGUAUUUCAUGUGGGGGCUCUGGCUACCGACCUCUGCAUCCUGGCCUGUUGCUUCUAGAGUUCAGGAGCACGAGGAAUAGCAGUGGUCAUCCAGGAGCCACUAAGAGCCCCCCCAACCCCCACUCUCUCCUCCAGACCCCCAGGCCCCUCCUGCCUGAGGUGAGCAUCUUGUUUGCACAGCAGGGCCUUGGAAGCCCAUGGGCUGUGCUGGGCUGGACUGGGCUCAGGAUUCUGCCGCUGCACUGAGUGGCUCCCUGUGUGCCCUUGGGUCUGGCUAAUCUCUUAAACCUCAGUUUCCUCCUGGAACAGCUCCUGGGGUGGUGACGAGGAUUAAAAGAGACAGUGCAAAUAAAGCGUUCCUGGCAUAAGGUAGGGCUCAAAAUAGGAAAGCAGCUACUCCUACUGCAGGCAGGAACCGUGCCUGAGGCUCGGGGAGACGUCUGAUGAGAUUGAACCUCUCCCAACUCCAGGGUUUUCGUGUCAGUUAACACUUGCUCAGUUGGGGUCUCGGCUGGAUUUGACAAAGGGCCCUCAAUAAAUAUUUGUGGGAUGAUUGAAUGAAUGAACUUGAAGCUUCGGUGCUCUUUUAAUAGCUGACUUUGCUUUUGAAUCAAAGUGAAUCCGGUCCUCACGGGCCGUCUACAGCAGGGUCAGCAGACUCUCUCUGGAAAGGGCCAGAGAAGAAACAGUGGAGCCCCGUGGGCUGAGUGGGCUGUAGGGAUGCCCCACCCUGGCCGUGGGAGCGCAAAUGCACCUGCACACUCUGGUCCAGGAGAGAAUGAGCGUGGCCCCAUUUCCAAUCAAACUUUAUUUAUGGAUACUGAAAUUAAUUUGGAUUUCACAACAAUUUCCACAUAUCAUGAGAUGAUCUUCUGAUUUUUUUUUCCAACCAUUUAAAAACAUGAAAGCCAUUCUUAACUUGUGGGCCGCACAGAGACGGCAGCCCGGAUGCAUCCUACCCACUGCAGGUUGCUCCACCUCUUAGGCCAGGAUGACCCUUUCCAACAGAGUUUUACAAAUGCAAGGAAAGUGUACAAACCACGUGACUAGUACUCUUCAAAAAUGCCCGGGUCAUGACAAAGGAGAGAAGACUGAGGAACCAUUGCUAAGGAGGAGACUCGGGGGACGCGAUGACCAAAUGUGAAUGAAGCCAGAUCCUGGGUUACUGGAACAGAAGGAGGACAUUAAGAUGAACCAGUGACACCCAGAGGACGUCUGGGACUUCACUGACGUCACUGCACCACAGUCAAUUUCUUGUAUCUUGUUUACGUGAACGUGUACACGAGGGAAGCAGGUCUGUGGGAACUCUGCGUCCUAACUUUGCAGUUCUCCCGCAAACCUGAAAUACUUCACCAUUAAACCUUUAUUGAAAAAUGAAA